AUGUGCGUUUCCGACCAAUUCAUUUGCGAAUGCAACUGGCCAAGAGACACAGUCCGUUACUGCGUCAAGUACAUUCAGACCGGCAAAGAGUGCCCUGGUCUCUCAAAGAAUCUUCUCCUCGACACAGAGCGUCGCAAAACUGAAAGCGGCGUCUACAGAUGCUCCAAUCCCACGUGCGAGAUUUGGGAUCUCGGCAUGUGUCACGGCAUCCGUGAAAGAGGAAAAUACGUGGACCAACAGUUCUCGUUGAAUCUUGGCCGAUGGAACAAGGAGGAGAAGCAGGCCGAGAAGCCGAGACUGGCCUUGGUGAAUGAGGCCAAUCCAGUCGAGUCUGGAGGUGAAGACCAUGCUAGUAUCAUGGCCAUCUCAGAUGACUCCGACUACGACGACGACGACGACGACGACGACGACAACGACGACAACGAUGACGAAGCCGAAGGCCUUGAAGUGCUACAACAAAUAGGACCCGUGCCUACUGGAGACGUUGAGUCUCAACCAGUUCGAGCCGUUCCCGAAGAAGUCCAGCGUGUCGACGAGAGCAUGCUCGCCAACAUCCCCAAGCCCGAGGUCGAUGUCCCCACGCUAGAUGUAGACGAAUUCACAAUCGAUGACCUGGAGAGUUUGUUCGGCGGCCCUUCGUGUCCACCAACACCUGACAUGAGACUCGUUCAGAAUCAUCGCUCCAUCUGUCUCCCAACAGCAAGUCAUCUCCCAAGCCCCGAUCUCUCUCAACCGACCCCCGAGAAUCCCGUCAAAGAAGGCGAUUCUCAUACACCCCCCGCCAACACAAAGAGCGAACAAUCAACUCCCGUCAUCCUGCCAGCACAAGCGCCACUUCAACAGCAAGCCGCCCCUCAAGUCUCUCGGAACCCUGCCCCUACAUAUCCUGCCCAGAAUACCAUGGCGAUGGGCAGCCUGGUGGGCGAGAAGACGCCCAACAGCUACCCAGCAGUUCCGCAGCAAAUGAGACCUACCCUGAGCGGACCAGACCAAGCGACCCUGAGAGCGCUUCGAGCGCAGACUCCCCGCCGGGAUGCCACGCCGACGGCGUCCCCCGCCCCCGUCCACGCGGCAGCAGUCAGAGCGGCGUCCCAGGGCCCCCGCCCGGCCAUGAACACGUCGAGAUCCGGAGGCCAUAGACGGCCGAAUGUCCGGCAGCGGCGUCCGAUAAUACCAGCUAGAGGCAUACCAAUUCAGAAUGGAUAUUCAGCCUCUCCUCAGGCCUCUCAGGGGUCUGCCCUUGCAUAUCCCAGCCAGAAUACCAUGACAACGGGCAACAACAUGCCCAUCAACUACCAGCAGCCUUCGGUACCGCAGGCCCAUGCCCAUGCCCAUGCCGCGCCGACCCAGAAUGCCUACAUGGCAGCCCAGUUCGGUUCUCGGAUGCCAGGCACUGUACCUGACAUCCAGAACACGGCGGGUAUGGGCAUGAGCGCGGACAUGGGCAUGGGCAUGGGCAACAAUGUGUCCAACGGCGCUGGGCAGGGGAUAUCUCUUGCGAUGUCGACCCAGGCCACUUUGUCGCAGGGUAUGCCGCCAUCUCAGCCCACCACGUCUUGGCCGGGCACGCCGUCUCAGAACACGGCAUAUCGGGGGGCGUCACCUCAGAUUGCGCGCCUCUACGGCAUGGCGCCUCAAAGUAUGGCGCCUCAAGGCACGGCAUCUCCAGACAUGUUGCUCCGGAACCCUGCCUUGCAGAACAUGCCGCCCCAAAACAUGCCAUCUUCGGGCAUGGCCAGGCCAAUGUGGUCUCUGGGUAACCCGUACCAGAACACACCAGCACAGUUUGGCAACGCAGCCAGCUCUGGGUUCCCUCAACAAGCAUCCGGUGGCUUCACCAACUUCGUUCAGAGCCCGCAGACGCCGUAUCAGGGUCUGCCGUCCCACGGUUUGUUGCCUCAGGGUAUGUCGCCCCAGGCCAUGCCAACUCAGAGCUUCCCGCCCCAGAAUGGUUACCCGCCCAGGCCGUUCAUCCGCCAGAGCCGGACGCCACGCAUAUCCGGCCUCGCGUCCAACAGCAUGCUGGCCCAACAGAGAUACAUGAACCCGGCCUACAGGGCGAACACGGCGGCGCCACAGUAUCAGGGACUGAGCUCGCCCAUGGCCGGUACUGCCCCUACCCAGGCUUCGGCUGGUGUUGCUGCCUUCCCCCGGGCCUCAAAUGGCAAUAGCUUCCCCCAGCAGACCCUGCCCCAGAUCCCGCCGCAGCCCUCCUUCGACAGCGAUAUAUGGGAACAGGCCCAGGCGCAAAUUGCCUCAAUGCCGCAGACGGCUUCGGGUAUGCCUGGGAUGCCUCUUACACAAGGCAGUGUCGCCGGGCCCGCCUCAGGUCAAAAGAGAUCUCACGACACGAUCUCCAACGGCUACACCGAUCCUCUCCUAUUGACCCAUCCUUCCCUGACACCCGGCGGCAUCCCGAGUCCUUCGCCGGCGAAUACGCCAUCGUCAAUGGAUGGAGAGCGGCAGCCUAAGCGCCGGGCAAUGUAA